GCUAAUAUUACUUUAAUAGAAUUCUACAAAAAUUCUGAUUCACAACGGAAAAGCAAUAAUUACAAGUUUAUGGAACAAAUAGCUAUUGAAACCUCAGCUUCCAAUUCAAUGGUUGACACGAUGACAGAAUACAUUAACCCUUAUUGCUUCAAAGAGCAUAUAUACAAACACAAUCAAAAAUCUAAUAUAUACAGUUUUGGUGUUAUAUUUGAGAAUCUUAAGUG